AUGCUCUUUGGGUCCGUGGAGAUUGGCCUCGGAGUCGCGCUAGCCAUAUCCUUUGCAAAGAUCAUCAUCCAGUCACUCUGGGCUCAGGUGGAGGGUCUGGGUUGGCUACAAGGAACAAACAUAUUCUGCAGCGUCAGGCAGUACCCCGUGGCAUGCCGGACACAGGCCGUGCAAGUCAUACGCAUCGAUACAUCCUUUCUCUACUUCAUCAAUGCGACUUUCAUCAAAGAGAGGAUCAUGGAGUGGGUAAGGGCAGAAGUGGAUACAUCCAAUGAGAAGGUCAGGGAAAGGGUGCACUCAGUUUUCCUUGACAUGUCAAAUGUGGUGAACAUUGACACUUCAGAACUGGUGGGAUUGGAAGAAAUUCACAAGGAGCUGGCGUCCCUUGGCAUACAGAUGAAAUGGCUAUUGCCAGUCCAGGAUGGCAGGCAAUUCAGAAGAUGA